AUGCCAGUAGAAUCUGAAAGUAGUAGCAGUAGUGUAGUAGGUCUACGGAGCAGAAGUAACAUCAGCAGUGCUCACUAUAAAAUCUUCAGGGCGCCAGAGCGCAAUGGUUAUGUGAAAACAUGUCAUCCAGCCAGUGUGCGACAGUCGCGACCCGGGUGGCUCAUAUUAUGAGUCGUGCAUGGUGAGGCUCGUGCUCACUAGGGUCCCCAAAGACUCCGGUGUGCUGUAUGUGUGGGCUCGCUUUCGGUUUUUCUCGCUCUGGCAGUACAAUUUUUCGACCCGAGGACUGAGCUCAGUAGCAUAAGCGGAGUAGGCUCUUGUGCACGACGGGACGCGACGGAUGAACAGCAGCUGUUUUUCCUAAGCGCGCCAGGGGCCGCAGUCGUGCUCGCCUGCCUGGCCACCGGCGCACUCAUGGUAGCACGGCUCAAGCACGGCAUUUCUGUCAUAGUUUUCGUCAGCGUCGUUCGGACUAUCUCGCUUAUCUCGCUGCACAAAGCGGGGGCCACUUGGAGACCUUACGUGGCGUACCUGGUGGGAGUGUUGGGUAUCCUACUGGCGAGGUAUGCUGAUAGUCUUCUUCCGAACCAAGGGAUACAAAGUGAGGACUGUAACCCCUCCGUGACUGGACCAAGGGAAAGGAACGAGACCCCUGUGUUUAAAAGGCGAAGGAGGUCCAGUUCUGUGAUUUCCUCAGACAUGGCACACAGUCAGUCCAACAGCAAGUCACACAGGAGGACCUCGCUGCCAUGCAUUCAAAGGGACCAGGUAAGGAGCUUGUUCUGUCUGUUAUGGGAUACGGAAGUCCCGUUGGACUUGUGUGACUUUAUUGCUGGUUUGCUUUUGGCAAAUGUUGGGCUCUUCUCAGGCGUUGGAUUAGGAUGGCCUCCAAAUGUUUUUUGGGUUGUAGUAUAGUCUUCAAAAUAAUGGAAUAAUAAUAACAUUAUGAUAAUAACAAUGUCAUGUAGUUAUUGUUAUUGAAUAGCAUCAGUUUAUUGCAAAGACGUUGCUGAGUUAAUAAUGCGUUAUGGCUGUUUGUUAUUUCUGCCUGAAGCUAUCAGCAAUGAGGAUUGUAGUAAUAGUAGUAGUAGUAGUAGUAGUAAUAAUAAUAAUAAUAAUAAUAAUAAUAAUAAUAAUAAUAAUAAUAAUAUACGAUAUUGUUAUUAACAUUUAGUAAUGUUUCUUUUAAAUUAUAAUUUGGAAAUAUCACUGCUUAUUUUUUACCUCUGGAUACUAUCUUCUCUUGGAUCGCUGGAUUGCUGUUGUGUACUUUAGUAUUGCCAUAUCUCUGUAGUACAGUACAUUUUGAGCAUAGUGAUUAAUAGUAUACCCAGUACUUUAGCAGAGAAUACCCUAAUAUGGUCUGAAUUUCAACUAGGAGUUUUGAUUUAUUUUCACUCAUAAAUUAGUACAUUAGUGUUUCUUUUCAUAUUUUCCACCGUUUGUUAUUUUAGCUCCAAUAUUUUAUUAAUUUGGGAUGAAUCUAUACAUCAUUUGCAGAUCUGUAGUAUUGUUUACUAAAUCAAAAUCAUUCACUACUAUAUUAGUCCUCCCUGGACCUAUUUCUUGGUCACUUCACAUCUCAGUCAUUUUCCUUGUAGGUUGCACCUUAGCCAUUUUCUAGGUAUUCAUGUGUUCUAGCCUGGACCGAUUUCUUGAUUUCUUGGUCACUUAACAUUCCAGCCUUCUUCCUUUUCAAGUUUCAAGUUCUAUUGGUCAUAUGUACAGGAUACACAUGGUAUACACCACCGAACGAUAUGCUUACUCUCAGGUUCCUUCUCGACAAUGCAACAACAAUAAUAAAUAAUAAAAUAUAAGAAUAUGAACAUAAAGUAAAUGGCUCAGUAGAAUAGAAUAAACAUUUUAGUAUAGGUAUAACAGAGGAAGGCACAAUUUAUAGUCCAAUAUUUACACAUUUUUGGGGAAGGGGGGAUUGGGGAAAAUUGUACAGAAUUUAGCAAUACUAAUAAGAGUCUGGUAGCAGCAGUUGUGAUGUGUGUAGCAUGAAUGUAUAUGUGUGGGUGUGAGUGAGUGCAUUUGUGCUAAGGUGCGGAGAGUCAGUGCAGGUGGUCAGUCCAGUUCAAGUAGGGUUUGGCGAUAUGGCCAAAAUAUCAUAUCACUGUAUGUUCAUAUCACUGUUUUCUUUAUUUUAUUAGAUGGUAUGACGGUAUUUGAUGAUAUUUUAUGUUUUUUAAUAAUAAAAGUUAAAAUUUGCUUUAUGAGUAGUGUGUGACCCUAGGGUGGCAACACAUACAUUCUAACUGAUUUCAAUGGGUCUUUCUCCAUUCUGAUUGUUUUAUACUGUUCAAUUCAACUUCAAUCCAAAAUUAUUUUCACAAUUGUCAUCAAUUUCUGCAUUUCCUGCACUCAUUUGAGGUCAUUUCCACACUGCCAUGAAAAGCUGCACAUUCUAGGCCUUAUUUUUAACCAAAUGUUGCUAUUGCGAUUUGACUUGUGAUUUAGAGCAAAACACUUGGGUGAACUGUUGGAGUCAUGGAAAUAGAAUGAUUAUUCUAAUUCUAUAUUUAGAAGAUAAUAGUGGGCACUUUGAAUACAGUGUUUGACAUGAACAAAUGAGUUAUUGUGAUAGGGUAGGAACCAAAGUGUUUACAAGUGUUUCCUAGGGAACCCUAUAAUCUUUGGCUACAUUUAAUGUUUUCUCAGCUACUUCCUGUAGCUAACAUAUUCUUGCUUCGCGUAUUCCUUUGAUUUAGAAGAUACUGUUGCACAAAAAACAUGCAAAUGUAGGUCUACACCAUCACUGGUAUUAUCAGGCUAUAUAGGUAGUUACUUUUGUUCUGACUCAGUACAUUUGUUAGCUAGCUAGCAAUUAGAAUUAGUGAUUAUCAUUAGCGGCUAACAAGAUUUAGACCCAACUUACUAAGAAAAGACAAACUAGCUGUUUGCAGAUGUAAGAAUCACAAAGUAAUUAUAGAACACUAGAGGAUUUAUAUUAGAAGCAAAGUGAAAACAGCAUCGUUGUCUUCAACAUUGUUGCAUGUGCUGCAUUGACUGAACGCAAGUAUCUUGUCGAGGAGUAACAACAAAUGCGCUCCUUGAGUGACAGGGGGCGGGGCUAGGUCUGUGUGGAAAGCGGCAUGGAGAGAGAGGACUCUAGUAGCGAAGUAAACUAUAAAAAUUGACGUUAUACACGGCGUAUCACAUUUAACAAACCAAACAUUCAAAUACCGUUAUAGAAGGUAAAGUAAAAACCCAAACUGGUCCAUGCAUGACUACCGGUAUAUCGUAAAAUAUGGUAUACUGCCCAGCCCUAAGUUCAAGUGUUCAUUAGUAUGAUGGCUUGUAGACAGAAACUGUCUCUUACCCUGUUGGUAUCAGACCUCAUGCUCCCAAUACCGUCUGCCCGACAGUAAGGGAGUGAACAGCUCAUGGCUGGGGUGUGUGGGGUCGUUGAUGAUGCUGCGGGCCUUCCUCAGGCACCGUUUUGAGUAAAUGUCCUGGAUGGGUGGGAGCACGGUUCGAGUGAUUUACUGGGCCUUCUUCACCACCGGCUGGAGGGCCUUGUGGUCGUGGAUGGAGCAAUUCCCAUACCAAGCCGUGAUGCAACUGGUCAGGACGCUCUCGAUGGUGCAGUGGUAGCAUUUAGAGAGGAUCCAGGGCGGCGUGCUGCAUUUCUUCAGCCGCCUUAGGAAGUAGAGACGCUGUUGUGCCCUUUUGACAAGAGUGGUGGUGUUGUUGGUCCAUGUCAAGUCCUUGGGGAUGUGGACGCCGAGGAACUUAAAACUGCUGACUCUCUCUACUGCAGUCACGUUGAUGUGGAUCGGGGCAUGUUCUCUCCUCUGCUUCCAGAAGUCAACAAUGAACUGUUGAGGGAGAGGUUGUUGUCCUUGCACCACAAUGCCAGUUCACUUACCUCCUCCCUAUAGGCUGACUCGUCGUCGUUGGUUAUCAGGCCUACAACCAUGGUGUCGUCAGCAAACUUGAUGAUGGAGUUGGUGUCAUGCAAAGCGAGUACAGCACAGGACUGAGGACAAACCCCUGGAGGGCCCAUGUGUCAAGAGUCAGUGUGGAGAAGGUGUUGUUGCCAGUCCUCACAGUCUGUGGUCUGCCCGUCAGGAAGUCCAGGAUCCAGUUGCAGAGGGAGGUGUCCAGACCCAGGGCUCUGAGCUUGGUGUCGAGCUUGGAGGGAACAAUAGUGUUGAAUGCUGAACUGUAGUCAAUGGACAGCAUUCUCACAUACCGUGCCUUCAAGAGGGUAUUAAUACCCCUUGACUUAUUCAAAAUGUGGUUGUGUUACUGCCUGCAUUCAAAAUGGAUUAAAUAGAUUUUUUUGUACCCAUCUAUAAACAAAUCCCCAUAAUGACAAUGUGAAAACAUGUUUUAAGAAAUGUUAGCAAAUUUAUUGAAAAGGAAAUACAGAAAUAUAUCUAAUUUACAUAAGUAUUCCCACCCCUCAGUCAAUGCAUGUUAGAAUCACCUUUGGCAGCGAUUACAACUGCAAGUUUAUUUUUAUUUUUACCCAUCUACCAAUAGGUGCCUUUCUUUGCGAGGCAUUGGAAAACCUCCCUGGUCUUUGUGGUUGAAUCUGUGUUUGAAAUUCACUGCUCGACCUGUGGGACCUUACAGAUAAUUGUAUGUGGGGUACAGAGAUGAGGUUGUCAUUAAAAAAUCAUGUUAAACACUAUUUUUGCACACACUGUGAGUCCAUGCAACUUAUUAUGUUACUUGUUAAGCAAUUGUUACUCCUGAACUUAUUUAGGCUUGACAUAACAAAGGGGUUGAAUACGUAUUGACUCAAGACAUUUCAGCUUUUCAUUUUUAAUUUAUUUGUAAAAAAAAAAAAAAAACAAAGCAACUUAGUCAUGUCUGCAUGAUCUGCUUACACAUGGUAUUGGGUGUGUUUAUUUAUUUCAGAAGCUAGUUAGAAAUUGAUUGACAACUACAAUAGUUUGCUAAUAGCUAGCAACUCAACAGAUGAAAAUAAAUAAUGAAUCAACCAACUGUAUUAAACCUCUACCCUUCUUUUCCUUCUCCUCUUCUCUCGUCUUCCUCUUCUCUGCUCCCGACAGGUGUGACCUUUUAUUAGAUGCCAUGACAGACGCAUACCCUAGCCUAGCCACCUCCUCCACCGCUUCUGUGUAA